AUGGCCUCAAAGACACUUUCUGCUGUGUUAGAGAAGAAGAUUCGCCGCCUCGACCUGAAUUCCUUUCCCUGUGGAAACGGUCCAUGGAGAAAGACUAAAGACAGUGAUGGACCAGAGAAAGAGUCUGUGGACGACCUGCUACGUCUGCUGAAUUGUCCUCCACGGCCGGACAGCGAGUCAUGGAGCCGUCAGGCCUCGGCCCUGAGGGAGCUGGCUGUGCGCACACCGCAGCGCCUCAAUCAACGCUUUAUCUACACUUACUUCACUACACUUCACAUUGUGGACGAAGACGUGUCAGUCAUUGACGAUGGCCUGCUGAAGUUCUCAAAACUGGAGGAGCUCGUUCUGAGUGCCAAUUACAUUUUAGAAAUCCCGUGGAAUAACCUUCCCAGGACGUUGAAGAUUUUGGAGCUACGUGCAAACAGGUUGUCUUCUUUGGACAGUCUUAGCAACGGUUCACCUCCUCAGCUGCAGUACCUCAGCCUCGCAUCAAAUUCACUGGGUUCCAAUAGAGAUGCCUUUCAUCUUACAGGAAUACACUGGCCGCUGCUGGUGUGUCUGGACAUCAGCGACUGUGAGUUUCAGGAUCUUCAGGCCCUGCUGGAGGCCUUGAGCACCCUCUCACGUCUUAAGACAGUGGUCCUGGAGGGAAACCCUUUCACCCUCUCACCAGCAUAUCCAGGCCUUACUGUGGACAGUCUCCCACAGCUAGAUUACCUCGAUUGCUCAUGGAUCUCCCGUGAUGAAAGGCAUCGCUUCAGGGGCUUGGCCGACAUGAGAGAUCUGAUAGUGGACACGGCUUCAGUCACGGUGACUGUGGGAAAAGUGAGGGGGAUCCCAGAUCCACUGAUGAGCGUCAAUGAAAAGGCCACAGUUGUCAGCUAUUCCAUCACAUAUGACUUCCUGACUCAUGACUCGAAAGUUGACACUGCGUCCAUGGCACAUGGAACAGAACCCAGCCCGCUCAGCUCUGACCUCCUGCCAAACGAAAACUUUUCCCAGUACACCACAUCAAAACGGAACUGGUCAGAUAUAAUGGACUUCUGUUACACACAAACCUUUGUUUUAAAUUCUCUGAGCAACUUGAAGAAAUUCUUCAAUUGGGGACUUUAUGUCAGGCUAGAGGAGGAAAAGGUGUUAGUUCCUGCAUCCUCUGAAGUGACCAAAUCCAAAAAGAAGAAAGACGGGACUGGGAAAAAAUCUCAAGUUAAACCGGACGAACCUAAAGACAAACAUAAAAAAAAGGAACCUGUUCCUGAAGCUGUUGAAGAAGUCUCCAUCAGGCGAGUCCUUGGCUCUGCACGUGUACCGCUCCAAAGCCUGAUCAAGGGAGGUCAGAAAGUCCAAGUCCUCUGCAACUUGGAUCUGCUGCACACAAACCCUGAGGUGGACACUACACAAACACUUCAAAAGGCAGGUCGUUUUUCAAGCUUGUGA